AUGGGUGAAUCAGUUAAUGAAUUUGAACGUGGCGUAAAUUUCUUGGGUGAAAAUCCGGUAUUUCCACCCCCGGCCGAUCUCACUCUAGCGCUUGACUUGGACAACAUUUCCGGUUGGAGACCGAGCAACACAGGUCAUUACAUUAGUGGAACUUCAGAGGAUGAAUCCGCAGGGAACCAUGAGAACAACCAGCAAGCUCUGGCACGGUCUGCCGUUCAAGCUCCUUUCGGCUCCAGCAGAUUGAGCGAUGUUUUGUUGUCUGAGGAUCGUGUGAGCCAAAAGUACACCCUUGAAGAUAUCAUGAUCGCGGGAAUACACGCCCUCUCGGAGAGAGAAAACCAGCCAAUGAGUGACACACGGCCUAAUAGCCCGUCAACAACGGUCGCGGGAAAUGACACUCGACAGAACCUAGUCCCAACGGCAGAUGUGGAACACUGCUACAUCCCGGACAUACAUCUGAACACGAUUCAACUCACCGCCAUGUCAUUUGUCGCAGCAUGCUUUGCCAACGCGGCUAUGCUUGGGCUAUCACCGGAGACUUUGUGGAGCAGAACGUCGCAGUCACCCUUUUACCAGGCGCAGAUGGACAAUUGUCCAUUCGGAACAGUGAAUACGGGACAAUUUGCCCAUCUCAAGCCCCUGCUUCGACCCUCUAGCACGCAACUGACCCACCCUCAUCAUCCAUAUCUCGACAUUCUCCCAUUUCCUGCUUUCCGAAAUCGAAUUAUUCAGCUCCUUCAGGUUCAGCCCCCGCCCAUUGACUCUGAGAGGCUCUGUCAGGAUUUGCAAAGCGAUGGACUCAUUUGUUGGGGUUCGACGAAGAGAGAUGGACGGGAUACAGUAGGUUCAGGAGCACCCUGGGACAUCCGAAGUUGGGAGAUAAAACCGUGGUUUCUGAAAAAGUGGUGGUUAUUGUUCGAUGGGCCUGAUGGUGAAAUGUAUCAACACAGUCGGUGGUGGUCUGAGCUGAGGGGUGAAAAGUCCUCAUACCCUUGGUAA